AUGAUUAAACAACAGCAACCACAACAACUUAAGGCACAAAGCACCCAGGUCCCUCAGACCAUUACAUACGCCAUAUAUGCAUAUAAUUCAAAGACGGCAGAACAAACGCAAAGGUUGAAAUAUGGAGAUUUGGAGAUAGUAUUGAAAAAUGACCAUUUCGAAUUCGUUUGCAAGGGUGGUGCAGUGAUAUCAAAUAUAAAAGAAAUUUUAUUUAUGAAUUCAAAAAUUAAAGGUAUAACGGAUGAUAUAACAUCAAUUCCACCAGAAGAACAAAGAUAUUACGCAUUAAAUGCAUUUCCUAAAGUUUUGAAGAUUGGAAGAUUUAAUUUAAAUGAGGAAUUCAUAAAAGGUUUCCUAAAUGACAUAAUGAAGAAAGCAGAUAAGGAAUAUGUGGAUGAAAAAGAUAAAGAAAUUAAAGAAAGGGUUGAAUGGUAUCAUGAAUGGACAUCGAAGAUUUUUAAAACUAAAGCUGAUACAGGAUGGGUUUCAGAAUGUUUAGACCUUAAAGCGGAUAAAACAUAUGUUAACGAUGAGUUAGAGAAGAAGGUGGAUAAGGAAUAUGUGGCUAGUGAAUUAAAUAAGAAGGCAAAUUUGGUUUACGUUGAUGAAAAAGAUAAAGAAAUUAAAGAAAUGGUUGAAUGGUAUCAUGAAUGGACAUCAAAGAUUUUUAAAACUAAAGCUGAUACAGGAUGGGUUUCAGGAUGUUUAGACCUUAAAGCGGAUAAAACUUAUGUUAACAAUGAGUUAGAGAAGAAAGCGGAUAAGGAAUAUGUUAACGAUGAGUUAGAGAAGAAGGUGGAUAAAACAUAUGUUAACGAAAUAUACCAAAGUUUGAUAGGAACAACGAAAAAUAUUGAAACUAUUGUUGGUGACUUUUCUGUCAAUGAAGAAAAUAAAUAUUUUAGAUGGCAGUUUGUACAGUCCUUAAAAAAUGGUACACGGUGUAAACUCAUUCCGAAAAAUAACAAUGAAAUGUAUGUAAGUUAUAAAAAGAAUGAUGGCACACAAGUUAAAGUUCCAUUAGACAACAACUGUUACUUAAACUUAUAUGGAGACGAACAAAAGAAAUAUUUAAGA